CCGGGCCGUGUGCUUAUUCGGACAUCACCCUUCCGCCCCGCCCUCCCCUCCUCCACCACUCCGCCGGCGGUGGGGUAGAAAUACUGCAUUCUCGCUCAUGCCCGAGUCUGUCUUGACACGCUGUUGUUGUGUAAAGCGAUAUCAGCUGGCUCUGUGAUCGCGCUAUCGCGUUCAGAAGUCAUCGCCAGCACAUCGGGUACCUUGUCAGGUCAACCCUGCGCAUAUGCUCUGGGCCUUGCCAUCGUUACUUGGGCGCACUCGAUCCUCAACACUCACGACGGGUAUACGUAUAAGCCUGGUCCGAAAAGUCGGGUCUUGGAUAGGCCGUGGAGGCCAACGAUCUAGCCUGGCCCUGAGAUACGGUCGAGUCAGCCCAAGUCUUGGGACACAUCUGGCACACCCAUCUCUCAUCGCAAGCCGCUGCCCAGACUCGCCACGGUGCUUGCAGCUUGGGCGAGGCGGAAAGUCCACGUGGACUCACUCAAGGCUCAAAGCACUCGCCGCUGAUUCGGCGAUGUCGUUUCGGUUUCGACUCGAGAGUGUAUUCCAAGAGCCGCAGAGCGCUUCGCUUAUCUUAAACUCCAACUCUUCUCACAUGUCGUGGUCUCGUCACCUCUGCGGAAAUGUGUCGCAACAUCCCUCUAUCAAGGGUUGUAUUUACUACAACGCAAUCAGAGAAACGAGCAGCAGCACCACAGCUAUGAACACACGCCGAUCACCUACAACCUCUGCGAUAAUCGAGACGUCUGUGCCUGCGUGGAAACUUGCAUCGAUCAAGAAGUCAACGCCUGCGUGAGCGGAUACGGUGCCAUAUGCAGGUGACUGACCAUGGUCAGUUGUUCUUCCCCAGACCAGAUGGAUCGGAUCAGCC